GCCGCAUUUGAGUUUGUUUUUUGGUUCCAUAAUUUACUUAGUUUUCUUUUCUAUUGCAUUCUGGUAGUACACCUUCUAAAAAGGCAGGGGGCGCGCCACCCUAUAAGUUGGAGCAGGUACCGCAUGAUUGGGGAGAAGAAGUGCCAGCAGAUACAGUCUUUGACCUCGGCCCGGAUCUGCAAUACCGGAAGGCUUGGCUUAUACCAGAAAGCGCUACACAGGAAUACUUAAAGACAUUUAAAACAGUUCUCAUUUUUUGUUUAGUCUUUUACUCCAUCUAUUUUACAAUAAACAUCGACAAACAUUCAACUACAAACACUCUUGGAAUUUCUUGGAUUCGGGCUGUGAGUCUGACCCUGCACUUGCAUUCUCCCGGUGGUCGAAAACAGUAACAGGGGGUUACAGGAAAAAUCCAACGUUGUUUUUGCCACUAUAUUUCGUCAAAGACUUGCUGUGGAUUCGUUAAAAACUGCCUGUGAAUUCAUCAAAGGCGGAUUUAUGUUGAAACUACGCGAUAUGAAGAUGAAGGAAACGUCGAUCUAAGCGUGGGAAGCCAAACAAAGAAACACUUCAGCGGAGGUAUGUGCUUUCAAAGUGAAUAUUAUUAGAAGGAUAUAGAAAUGAAUUUCACUGCAGAUUUUUGAGUUGAUGAACUGUGACACAAUCAAGAGCGGUGAAAGCACAACCUAAUUGGAACAAAUGAAAUGCAACGAUAUGUUGAUCUUUGGAAAGAAUAGGAACUGUUUUCUACUUUUUUGAAGCAAGGUAUACUCUCUGUGAUUUUUGGAAUUUUUUGGAUUUUUUUUUGUUUUGUUUUGUUUUGUUGAGAAUAAUGGCAGAUUCCAACGAAGAAGAAAUAACUCCUGUUAAAGACAUGAGUGAAGUUGUCGCGCAAUUGCGCUCAUCUAGAGGAGGAAAAAUGUCACAUGUAACAAGGAGAAUGAACAUUGUGAAAGAUUUAAUGACUGAUCCGGAAUUUCUUGAUGAAGUUAAACAAAACAUGAUUAAGUUUUAUGAAUUUCUUGAAGAGUUCAAAGCCUUGCAUGCCUCCUAUAGUGAAAUGUUGGAUGAAGAGCCAAAAAAAGUGCAUCAGCAGGGUUAUGCGGUCAUAUAGGGGCCGGAGCCAAAGAGAGUGUGCUGUCCAUUGUCCCAGUUCAGGUUAAGGCAGCAAAGGGCAGCCAAGUCUUACAAGUGUAUGCUCUCCUGGAUCCUGGAUCCUCCGCCACCUUCUGCUCAGAGGAUCUUAUGUUUCGCCUCAAUCUGAAGGGUAGAAAAACUCAAAUUCUUCUACGCACAAUGAAUCAAGAAAAAACUGUUCCAACUCAUGUUGUAUCUGAAAUUGAAGUUGCAGCACUGGACAGCAAUAACUUCUUACCUCUUCCUGAUCUCUUCACUCAAAAAGAAAUGCCAGUUACCACAAACAGCAUUCCAAAGCAGAAAGACUUAGCACAAUGGAAGUAUCUAAGUCGAGUCAAACUUCCCAACAUUAAUUCAAAGGUGGAGCUGUUGAUUGGCACAAAUGCUCCAAAGUGUAUAGAACCGUGGGAGGUUGUUAAUAGUCAAGGUGGGGGCCCCUACGCAGUUAGAACCUUAUUGGGAUGGGUUGUAAACGGGCCACUGAGAAGUGCUGAUGGCAGUGCAGAGAGUGUGAGUGUGAAUAGGAUAUCGGUUGCAAGUCUAGAACAGCUUCUGAUCACACAGUAUAAUCAGGAUUUCAGUGAGGUAGCAUCUCAGGAGAAGACCGAAAUGUCAAUUGAGGACAGAAGGUUUUUAGAGAUAGCCAAUGAGGCGUUCUUACAAGAUGGACAUUACUAUCUGAAGUUGCCCUUUAGGAAAACUGAUGUCAGUAUGCCUAACAAUCGCCAAGUAGCAGAACAGCGCCUCCAAACUCUAAAAAGGAAAAUGAAAAAGGAUGGACAAUACAAACAAGAAUAUGUUACUUUUAUCCAUGACAUCUUUGAAAAUCAUUAUGCAGAGGAGGUCCCAGAGGAAGAACUCACGCAGGUACCUGGAAAGGUGUGGUAUAUACCACACCACGGAGUAUACCACCCAAAAAAAAGGAAACUUAGAGUGGUGUUUGAUUGUGCAGCUACUUAUAAAGGUGUAUCCCUCAACACAGAGCUACUACAGGGUCCUGAUCUGACCAAUUCCCUUGUUGGAGUCAUUUGGAGAUUCCGCAAAGAACCUAUUGGAAUUCUGGCUGACGUUAAGUCAAUGUUCCAUCAGGUGGGAGUAGAGAAAUCAGGUGUGGACUACUUGCGCUUCCUGUGGUGGCCACAGGGUGACACCCUUCAAACCCCAAAGGAAUACCGUAUGCUUGUGCACAUAUUUGGUGCAGUGUCCUCCCCAAGUUGUGCAAGUUUUGCAUUACAAAAAACUGCUGAUGACAAUGAAAGCUGUUUUCCCCUUCACGUAGCUGAAACAAUCCGGCACAACUUUUAUGUGGACGAUUGUGUUAAGUCCGUGGCUGAAGAGUCUGAAGCCAUCCAGCUAGUAAAAGACCUCACCGCACUAUGUUACAAAGGUGGAUUCCAGCUGACUCAAUGGGUUAGCAAUAAUCGGGCAGUUCUAGCAUCCAUUCCAAAAGAAAAAUGGGCAAAAGAAAUUAAAACACUGGAUCUUGACAAAGACAGCCUACCAAUAGAAAGAGCCCUGGGAUUGCAGUGGUGUGUGGACUCUGACCAUUUCCAGUUUAACAUCAAUUUAAACCAGAAGCCACAUACCCGCAGAGGCAUACUUUCUGUUGUAAGUUCCAUUUUUGAUCCCCUCGGUUUUCUUGCUCCUCUCAUUCUCCCAGCCAAGCAAUUGCUACAGGAGCUCUGUCAGAGAGGUUUUGGAUGGGACGAACCUUUGCCCCAAGCUUUAGUAGACCGGUGGGAAGGAUGGACAAACAGUUUAGAAAGAAUAAAAGGCUUCAGUGUUGCACGUUGUUUGAAACCAAAGGACUAUGGAACAACAAAGUGUGCAGAACUACACCACUUUUCUGAUGCCAGUGAGAAUGGUUAUGGCUCAGUGAGCUACAUAAGACACGCUAAUGAACAGGACAUUAUACAUGUCACUUUUCUCAUGGGAAAGUCCAGAGUCCUUCCUUUAAAGAACAUCACAAUACCACGUCUGGAGCUAGCCGCUGCAGCAUUGUUGGUAAAGGUGGACAAAAUGCUAAGGAGAGAACUACAUCUAACAUUAAAGCCCUCCGUUUUCUGGACCGACAGCCAAACCGUACUUAAGUACAUUAGAAGUGACACUGCAAGAUUUAAAACGUAUGUAGCAAACAGGGUCUCGCUGAUUCGGGAUAACUCAGAGCUGUCUCAAUGGAGAUACGCAAGAAGUAAAGACAAUCCAGCUGAUGAUUCCUCAAGAGGAUUGAGUGCAGUCAAAUUUAUGGAGCAAAGGAGGUGGAUGCAUGGCCCAGAGUUCCUAUGGAAACCUGAGGAAAGUUGGUUAGAGGUGGAGGCAUUGGGCUCAGUGUUACAGGAUGAUCCAGAGGUCAGGAGAAACACUACUGUUUUUACAACAGUGGUGAACACUGAAACACCCACAGACCAGCUUAUUUCAUACUUUUCAAAUUGGAUUAGGCUACUUAAAGCAGUGGCAUGGUACAUCAAACUAAAAAAGGCCUUGAUACUGAGAAUCAAAAAACAAAAGGACUUUCCAUCGUAUCAAGUUAUUACCCGCUCCCACAGCCAAAAGGUGAGCCCAGAACUUGAGGUUCUCAGGUCCAAACCCGGUGGACAGCUCCUCUCAGUGGAAGAUCUCUUACAGGCAGAAAGGUCAGUUAUCUCUUAUGUUCAGAGGCAAGCAUUCCCAGUUGAAAUAACAACACUACAAGCCACCCCACCUAAAGUGAAAAGGAGCAGCAGGAUCUGUAGGCUUGAUCCUGUGCUAGAUGAAGGCAUCUUAAGAGUAGGUGGCCGGAUGCAUAAAUCAGCCAUGCCUGAUGAAACUAAACAUCCCUGUAUCUUGCCCAAAGAUGCACACAUUUCAAUUCUUCUUUUAAGACACAUUCAUGAACGCUGUGGUCACAGUGGUAGGAACCACAUGCUCUCAGAGCUUCGUAAGAAAUAUUGGAUUAGUAAGGCCAAUUCCUUAGCAAGAAAGGUGCUCUCAAAAUGUGUCAUGUGUCGACGUGUGAGGGGCAAAGCAGGUGAGCAGAAAAUGGCAGAUUUGCCGCUAGAACGAAUCCUACCUGACCUCCCUCCCUUUACCAAUGUCGGAUUGGACUAUUUUGGCCCGAUUGAAGUGAGGCGAGGAAGAAGCACCAUCAAAAGGUAUGGAGUUCUGUUUACAUGUAUGUCCAGCAGAGCUAUUCAUUUGGAAGUAGCUUUCUCAUUAGACACUGACUCAUGCAUUCACGCUUUGAGGAGAUUUGUUUGCAGAAGGGGGCAGGUUAAGCACAUCAGAUCUGACAAUGGAACGAACCUGGUGGGUGCUCAGGUGGAACUCAAGAAAGCUCUGAUAGCACUGGAUAAGUUGAAGAUCCAGGAUGCCCUGCUUCCUUAUGGAAUCGAGUGGAGUUUCAACCCACCAGCAGCAUCGCACCAUGGCGGAGUCUGGGAAAGGCUUAUAAGAUCUGUUCGUUACGUGCUGAACUCCACACUCCAUCAACAGUCUAUCGAUGAUGAGGGUCUUCAAACUCUAUUCUGUGAGGUAGAGGCUAUUUUAAACAACCGUCCUCUCUCCACAGUGUCCUCAGACCCAUAUGACCUGGAACCACUGACCCCAAACCACAUCCUCCUGCUGAAAACCCAGCCCAUUAUGCCUCCAGGAAUUUUCCUGAAAUCAGACCUUUAUGCUAGACGCCGCUGGAAACAGGUCCAGUAUAUGGCGGAUCUCUUCUGGCAUAGAUGGACCAAAGAAUAUCUUCUUCUACUCCAGGAAAGGCAAAAAUGGACUGUAGUGAAGAAGAACCUGAAUGUUGGAGAUCUUGUUCUAGUGGUUGACCCCACUGCUCCUAGAGGAUCAUGGCCACUAGGAAGAGUUCUAGAGACUAAGCCUGAUCAAAAGGGGCUGGUCCGAUCCGUGAAGCUCCAGACACAGACUUCAAUCCUUGAUAGACCCAUUACCAAGCUAUGCCGAAUUCUGGAGACUGAAGAGUGUCCAGUGCCUCCUAAAGAUCACCAAUAAGGGAUGUAAUGUAUAAAUACAUAUUUUUCUAAAAACAUUAAGAGAUUGUUUAUUUCUGGCUCCUUUUUUGUAUUUAUUUUAAAUAAUUGGUUCUAUAGAGACCAAUUAGGGGCCGGUGUGUAGGAGCCGCAUUUGAGUUUGUUUUUUGGUUCCAUAAUUUACUUAGUUUUCUUUUCUAUUGCAUUCUGGUAGUACACCUUCUAAAAAGGCAGGGGGCGCGCCACCCUAUAAGUUGGAGCAGGUACCGCAUGAUUGGGGAGAAGAAGUGCCAGCAGAUACAGUCUUUGACCUCGGCCCGGAUCUGCAAUACCGGAAGGCUUGGCUUAUACCAGAAAGCGCUACACAGGAAUACUUAAAGACAUUUAAAACAGUUCUCAUUUUUUGUUUAGUCUUUUACUCCAUCUAUUUUACAAUAAACAUCGACAAACAUUCAACUACAAACACUCUUGGAAUUUCUUGGAUUCGGGCUGUGAGUCUGACCCUGCACUUGCAUUCUCCCGGUGGUCGAAAACAGUAACAGGGGGUUACAGGAAAAAUCCAACGUUG